GGAGACUGGAUGAUUACUCACGUAGCCCUCGUUAUGAGGCUGAAGGGGGUAGAGGCGACUCUCGAGGUAGGUGGGAGUCAGAUCAAGGCCGAUGAGAUGGAUACAGGGAUGACAGAUAUGAGAGGUCGGGCCGAGAUGGAUACAGGGACGACGGAUAUGAGAGGUCGGAUCGAGAAGGAUACAGGGGUGGCAGAUAUGAGAGAGGAGAUCGAGACGGAGAUCGAUGAGAUGACUCGCGCAGACGGUAUGACCGCGGGGGAUUCGCGAGAGAACAACGCGACGACUCGCGGGGGUGGUACAACCGAGGAGAUCGACGCGAUGAGUCACGUGGGCGAUACGACUCUGGGGAUCGCCAGAAUGAUUCGCGAGGACGAUAUGAGCAAGGAGGAUCUGGAGGAGACCGCCGAAAUGAUUCGCGCGACCAUAACUUUCGAGGGAGAUAUGGCGACCACACCCAUAAGGGUGGGAGCUACCAAGUCGACGAGAGGGUCUACAUCGAAGAAGACUGACACGGAUUACGUGAUGGCGGAGAAGGACGGACAGCGGAUCGAUGGAGAGGAGGUUAUUCUUUCACUGCGAAAGCGGGGAGUGAAGAAGUUCUUGAUGAAGAGUUCGUUGGAUGAGAUUGACACGGUCGAGCCACUGAGACGGGUCCUUCGGCAGCCCAUGCAGUGCUCUAUUAUGGAAUAUCUGGCGGCAUCGAAGCCGGCUCGCGAUGAGUUACAGAUGAUCAUGCGGAAGACUCGCAUACCUCUAUCAGAGGAGGCUCAGGGGUCCCCUAAGGCGGAUGCUCCUACUGUAGCAGUAACGGGGGUGACUGCCAGAGUGGAUCGCAUGGCGAUAGUCCUUCUUGAUGGGAUGGAAGGUGUGCCUCCAAACAAGUUUUACAUACUUGGUAGUGGGGCCGUGGAGGCGAUCAUAAACGACGGAGCGGUACUGGAUGCUGUGAUAGAUAACGGCAGUGAGGCUGUCAUUAUAGACGAGGAUCUGGCAGUGCAGGUUGGACUUGGCCUCGAUAGGUCAUACCUAUUCGAGAUAGAGACGGUUGAUGGGAGAAAGCAACAGAUCAUCGGGGUUUGUCACAAGGCAGCCAUAGAGGUCCAAGGGGUACGAGUGACCCUGCCUGUCUUUGCAGUCAAGAACUGCAGCUCCGAUCUGCUCUUGGGACGAACGUGGUUGAGCCACGUGCAUGCGGUGACGAUAGAGCGACCGGACGGGAGCCAGACAUUGUCCAUUAAGAAGCUAGAUGGGACGCGGGUUAUGAUUGAGACGGUGGAGCCUCGAGACCCGAGGAACAGAGCAGCUCUCGCUGUGGGUGCGGGACCCGGUGAUCAGAUUAAGUCAUUAGCUAUCUCCGGCCGCGCGGUGCGAUUUCGCGAGAAGAAGUAUGGACCACUACUCACAGAGGAAGAAGGUCGGAUCGUGGAAGUGGAAAAUUUAGGGAGUCGGAAGGACCCAGUGGCGGAUGCUAUGUUAAAGUUGUUUAGACCCAGGCCUCACCCACAUUAUCGCUGACAAGCCCGAAAGGGAAAGGGAAAGCCAAAAUGGAGGAGGGAGCCCCCUCGAGACGAUUUGACGCAGGGGAAAGUUCCAAGAAGAGGAAAAGAGUGGAGAGAAGAAAGGUCAAAGGGUUAGCAUUAGGAAGAGAGAAGAAAUGAUUAUUCGUGCUCAAGAGGGCCAGAUGGAGAGUUCGCAUUAGACAAACUGGCGGAUCGGCACUUUUCUCGGGCCAACGUCGGAAGAAAAAGACGAUCCUACCAAGGCCAAGAUCCCGAAGGAAAAGGAAAGUCAAGAAACAUCUUCUUAGCACCAGGACUCAUAACAAACCAAAACUUAAGAC